AGACGCGAUCGCUUUGGUCCCGCAGGCCACGGAAAAACAGCCGCAAUCCCCAAAGAUCCUUCUGAUAAGGAAUUCAGUUCGUUUUUCGGAUACUAUCAAAAUAUAUAUCGACAUCCCACCAUGAAGUGGAUGUGCUGUGCUAGUGCUGUGCUUACACUCCUGUCCCUCGUGCUCCUCCCCUCGCCCACUGCCGCCCAGUUCGAUCAGCGCAAGCAAGUUAGCCAAAACUGCGCCACCCCCGAGAACUAUUACGGGAGCUGCGUGGCCCUGACCUACUGUCCCCAGGUGGUGAACAUCUUCCAGACCACCAGCAGGGAUCGGGCCCAGCGCUAUGUGAUCGCCCUGCAGCGCAGCUGUGGCACCCGCAACAUCAACGGGGACCCGGUGAUCUGCUGCACUGAACCCAGAUACAACCCGGUCACAGAGCGACCUCGGAACCCCUUCUUCCCCACAGAGCCUUCGUUUAUUGGUCCUCAGCCCCCGCCGGAGGUCCCCGAAAAUCCCUUCCUCAUCCCUAACAUCCCGAGGACCACUACAACGACCACGACAACCACAACGACUACAACUCCAGCUCCCAUUCCAGUUACCUCCUCCGAACCCUUGGUGGAGCAACGGGGUCUCGAGUGCCGUGGACCAGACACCAAGCCCGGAAACUGUGUUGAACUCAAGGAGUGUGCAUCGCUGUUAAAUCAGUUGCGGGUUAAGCAGCGGGACGAGACCUUCGCCAACUUCUUGCGGGCCUCCAGACUGACUUGUGGCAACCAUGGCACCCAGGUGUGUUGUCCCAAUGGACUGACGGUCACCACUCCGGCUCCCAUUGUUCCCAAGAACACGGACGAAGUGCCUCGACGGCUGCUCAAUAUGGAGGAUGGAUGUGGCUAUACCGACGUGACGUAUAAAAAGGUCGUGGGCGGCGAGGUGAGUCGCAAGGGGGCGUGGCCCUGGAUCGCACUGCUGGGAUAUAGGAAACCCAGCAAACUGUUCCAGUGUGGAGGAACCCUGAUCACCGCCAGACACGUGGUCACGGCGGCCCAUUGCAUCACCACGAAUCUGUCGUUUGUGCGCUUGGGCGAACAUGAUCUUUUAACGGACACCGAAACCCGCCAUGUGGACAUUAAAAUAGCAAAAUCCGUGACUCAUCCAGAGUACGAUGUUCGAUUCAACCGCGGUGACUUGGCCAUUAUUUUUCUGGAGCGAAACGUGGAAUUCACGACCAGGAUCAGUCCCAUCUGCCUGCCGCACACGCCCGAUCUGCGCCAGCAAUCCUACGUGCGACACAAUCCCUUUGUCGCAGGAUGGGGCAGGACCAUGGAGGGAGGUGUGCCUGCCACCGUGCUGAACGAGCUCCAAAUUCCCAUCCAUGAGAACAGUGUGUGCAGCCAGAGACUUGCGAAUAGUUUUAAUUACAAAGUACCCGCCAAUCAGUUCGAUAGUUCGAUCAUCUGCGCCGGAGACCUUUCCGGAGGCAAGGACACUUGCCAGGGCGACUCCGGGGGACCGCUGAUGAUACCAGAGCUGUACAAGGGCACCUUUCGGUACCAUCUCAUCGGCGUGGUGUCCUACGGCAUCGGGUGUGGUCGGAGAAAUAUGCCGGGUGUUUAUACCAGCACACAGCACUAUAUGGAUUGGAUUAUCCAACAGGUCCAGCAGACAUCCUAAGCUGCCAUUGUCUCUUAGGGCACCUAGCUUUAAUGAUGAACAUCUUAAGCCCUAAUAUGCUUUUAUUACCUAUAAAUGAAAUGAUUGUAAAUUAAAACAAGAGAGAACGCUAUAGUCGAGUGCCUCGACUAUCAGAUA